AACACAACUAUAGAAUCAGUUGCGGAAGGUACAGGGGUGAUCACAGCUCAAGCACGGGAAAAUGCCACCGAUGAAAGUGGAUUCACAUUUAUUCAUUGCAACAUAACUGGUUUAGGUAACAAUACUUACCUUGGUCGUGCUUGGAAGAAGAGACCAAGGGUUGUGUUUGCCUACACUUACAUGGGACAUCUAAUUAACGAUGAAGGCUGGUCCACUUACAAGUAUCCUGAGCGCAAUGAGACUGUGUAUUAUGGAGAGUACAAGUGCACUGGCCCAGGUUCUAGCUCCUCUGGUCGAGUUCCAUAUGCAAAGUCAUUAUGUGAAGCAGAAGCAAAACCCUUCUUGAGCAUGACUUACAUCAAUGGAAACAAGUGGCUUAUUCCACCUCCCAAAUUGCCUUGA